UUUUGUAGACCUCUAGAUUAUUUGAUAUCUUAAACUCAUUUCCAAUAUUAUCUACUUUGCCAUCCUAUUUUCAUCAUAAUAGAUAUUGAUAGAUAUGUAGCAUGUAGCAGCAGUAAUAAUUGUAAAUAUUUUUUUAAUUUUUAUUAAACAUAAUUUAAUUAGUUUAUUUUUUUCAGUAACUCCACCAGCCCAAAGAGUCCAAUUCAUACUCGGAGAAGAUCUUGAUGAUGGCACAAUGGAAUCCCAUCCACUGUUUUCCGAAAUGGAAGAGCUAGUUAAAGAAGGAGAUGAACUCGAAUGGAAAGAGACAGCUCGAUGGAUUAAAUUCGAAGAAGACGUUGAAGAAGGUGGCAACCGGUGGUCAAAGCCACACGUAGCUACAUUAUCUCUGCAUUCACUAUUCGAGCUACGAAGUCUUAUAUUAAAUGGUUCUGUCAUAUUAGAUAUGGAAGCAAGUUCUCUGGAACAAGUAGCAGAUAAUGUACUAGAUAACAUGGUAGCUGAUGGGGCUCUAGGAUAUGAUAGUAGGGAAAAGGUAAAAGAUGCCUUAUUAAGGAGACACAGACAUCAACACGAAAGACGAAACCAUAACAACAUGUCCAGACUUCCUCUAAUACGUUCCCUCGCUGACAUCGGGAGAAACCAUUCAUCAUGUAAAAGUGCAGGUAAUGAUGAAGGAAUGGUAAAAAGCCCAAGUAGCUUAUCCAUGCAACGAAACCAUAGUUCAGGAGAUCUCCCAAUGAAUGGAGAUAUAAACCAUAAAAGCAAUGUUCAUUUUAUGCGAAAAAUACCACCAGGGGCAGAAGCUUCCAAUAUUUUAGUGGGAGAAGUAGAUUUUCUUGAAAAAACUCUUUCAGCUUUUGUCAGACUUAAGACAGGCACUUUAAUGGGUGAUUUGACUGAAGUACCAGUGCCAACACGAUUCAUGUUUGUACUAUUAGGUCCACCCAACAGUAAUUCUAGUUUUCAUGAAAUUGGACGAGCAAUGGCUACACUUAUGUCAGAUGAAAUAUUUCAUGAAGUAGCAUAUAGAGCAAAGAAAAGGGAUCACUUAUUAGCUGGCAUAGAUGAAUUUCUUGAUGCUGUUACUGUCUUGCCACCCGGAGAAUGGGAUCCAGCUAUACGUAUAGAACCACCUGCAGCUAUACCUUCACAGGAUGUUCGAAAAAGGCCAAAUGAUAAUAAUAUAAAGGAAGAACCAGACGAAGAAGAAGAAGAACAAAGACAAAGAGAAGAAUCAGGUUUAGCAAGAAGUGGGAGAUUAUUUGGAGGGUUAAUAAAUGAUUUAAAACGGAAAAAGCCAUGGUAUUGGUCAGACUUCAAAGACGCGUUAGCAAUCCAAUGUGUUGCAUCCUGGAUCUUCCUUUACUUUGCUUGCUUAUCUCCAAUUAUUACUUUUGGGGGUCUUUUAGGUGAAGCUACAGGCAAAAAUAUGGCUGCCAUGGAAUCACUUAUAUCAGGAUUUGUGUGCGGUAUGGGAUACGGCUUUUUUUCUGGACAACCACUGACGAUUUUAGGAUCAACUGGCCCUGUAUUAGUUUUCGAAACAAUUGUAUUUGAAUUCUGUAGACAAGUUGGUUGGAACUACAUGUCUUUUAGAUUUUGUAUCGGAACUUGGAUCACAAUCAUCCUUGUGACUUUAGUUGCGAUUGAUGCAAGUGCAUUUGUUUGCUACAUUACAAGAUUUACCGAGGAAAACUUUGCAACCUUAAUAGCUUUUAUAUUUAUUUACAAGGCAGUAGAAAAUGUAAUAUCCAUCGGUAAGAAAUACCCACUCAACACUCACCCUGAUGAGGUUCUCAAUUAUGAAUGUUACUGUUUACCAAGCAAUUACUCCAGAGUCCCUGAGCGAUUUAAUUGGACGUUAGUCGAGAAGGAAUCGUGUCAGCUCUAUAAUGGAACGUUAGCUGGAGGAGGAUGUGACACCAAAGUUUACGUACCAGACGUUUUUCUCAUGUCGAUAAUUUUAUUUUUAGGUACAUUCGUUAUAUCCGUAAUUUUAAAGGAUUUUAAAAAUUCACUAUUUUUCCCCGCCAAGGUAAAUACAAAGUCGAGUAUAGAAUAAGUAAAUUAAUAAACAAUGAUUUUUACAUUAUAAUAUUUAUUUUUUAGAUUCGACAAGUUAUAAGCGAUUUUUCUGUGAUAAUCGCUAUUCUGUCGAUGUCUUUUUUGGAUUAUAAAGUAGGAGUGAAAACACCGAAAUUAGAAGUGCCAUCAGAAUUCAAACCUACUCUUCCAACAAGGGAAUGGGUCAUUACACCUUUUAACGGGAACCCAUUUUGGUCCGCGUUACUCGCCAUAUUGCCAGCAUUAUUAGGAACAAUCUUAAUAUUUAUGGACCAGCAAAUAACAGCAGUAAUCGUCAAUCGAAAGGAAAACAAACUAAAAAAAGGUUGUGGAUAUCAUUUAGAUUUAUUUGUUUUGGCCAUAUUAAUACAAAUCUGUUCUGUGAUGGGUUUACCUUGGUUCGUGGCAGCAACAGUAUUGAGUAUAAACCACGUUAACUCUCUAAAAGUGGAAUCAGAAUGUGCUGCGCCAGGCGAGAAGCCCCAAUUCCUGGGGGUGAGAGAGCAAAGAGUCACUCACAUUCUGAUAUUUUUAACGAUAGGCUGUUCGGUGGUACUCACACCAGUUUUAAGGAAUAUACCAAUGCCUGUAUUAUUCGGAGUUUUCCUGUACAUGGGUGUUGCGUCACUCAAAGGUCUGCAAUUCUUUGACAGAAUCUUGAUAAUGUUUAUGCCACAGAAAUAUCAACCAGACCACAUGUUCUUGAGACAGGUGCCAAUACGUCGAGUCCAUCUUUUUACAGCCAUCCAAUUGACAUGUCUCGUUUGUCUUUGGGUUAUAAAAUCAUUUUCUCUCACAUCCAUCUUAUUCCCUUUGAUGUUGGUAGUGAUGAUUGGAAUUAGGAAAUCACUAGACUUAUUGUUCACCAGAAGAGAGUUAAAGAUAUUGGACGAUGUAAUGCCAGAAAUUACAAAACGGAACCAGGAUGAGUUACGGGAGCUGGGAGACGCUGAGGUGGGAUGGCAUGUAAAAAUAUUACGCCUUUUCCGCCGAAACUGACUUCUGCUCUUGGCGUAUAAUUUUUUUUCCUCCGUUACACACAAGCACUUAUUCAAAUUUUUUCGUUACUCAUUAUAUUCAAGUCUUCAUAAAUAAAAUUAUUUUAUGUUAACUUACGAGUAUUUUAUUUUUCAUCCAUAUUAGAUAGCAUUAUUUUCCUUACCUAAUCCAUCAUCAUGUUAUUGAUAUCUCUUUGUUUUACCGAGAUCAGGUAAGUUCUCUCAUUUUUUGUUUUUGUAAUAACAAUCAUCAUAUAAAAUGAUCUAAUUUUGUAUAAAAAAUAUGUCUUAGUAAAUAUCAUUGCAGGUAUCUAACAAGAGCAACCCGCCUA